AUGAGUCCUACCGAGGUUGAACUUACUUCUAUCAGGCAUGAUUCUACACAGAUUCUUGCUGUAGAUGGUGUCCGAGCAGACCGACAAGCCCCCGACCAGGUGCAGGAUGCUAUCACGCCGCGAAAGAGAAUUCAGAUCGCUGCCAUCAUGGUGGCUCUUUGUUUGUCCCUUUUCAUUGCGGCGCUAGAUCAGACAAUUGUGGCGACAUCCUUGCCUACUAUCUCUUCCAGUCUUCAUUCCUCCGACGGCUAUACCUGGGUUGGAGGAGCAUAUCUCCUGGCGAAUGCAGCGGCUGCCCCUGUGUGGGCCAAAUUAUCUGAUAUCUGGGGACGCAAGCCAAUCAUCUUAAUCGUUGUUGUCUGGUUUAUGCUGAGCUCCAUCCUUUGCGCGGCAGCAGUUAACAUGACCAUGCUCAUUGCUGGUCGAGCCUUGCAGGGAACCGCCGGCGGUGGCCUGAUGCAACUGGUUAUGAUUGUCGUGUCGGAUCUCUUCAGUGUUAGGCAGCGAAGUCUCUACCUCGGUAUACUGGAAUUCAUGUGGACGAUUUCUGGCGGUCUUGGCCCAGUUCUCGGAGGAGUUUUCUCGGAAUAUGUUUCGUGGAGAUGGAACUUUUGGAUCAAUCUACCGACGUGCGGGCUUGCAUUCGUUCUACUCUUUUUUUUCCUGGAUGUGCACAAUCCAAGGACUGGAGUCUGGGAUGGGAUCAGGGCAAUUGACUGGGUCGGUAGCCUCUCCAUUCUCGGCCUAACCUUGAUGCUACUUCUAGGAUUGAAUUUUGGUGGUGAGACCUUUGCCUGGAGUUCUCCUCAGGUUAUCUGUCUACUCGUGUUCGGAUCUCUCUUCAUCUUUGUUUUCCUCUAUGGGGAAAAGAAAUGGGCCAAAUAUCCUCUGAUGCCCUUGCAAAUCCUCAAGCACAGAUCAAACGUUGCCGUAUCCUUGGUGACCUUUCUUCACGGUUUUGUCUUCAUCGGUUGCGAGUACUAUCUGCCCCUCUACUUUCAAUCUGUCAAACAAGCCAGCCCCAUGCGGUCCGGGCUUCUGCUUCUUCCUCUUGUUCUAGCAGAGGGACUCUUCAGCGGAUUAUCUGGCUGGCUCAUACACCGAACAGGGCGGUACAUCGAGCAGAUUUGGAUCGGUACAAUCUUACUCACUCUCGGGACUGGACUACUCAUCCGACUCAAUGCAGCAUCAACCAUGGCGGAGUUGAUCGUCUUUCAGAUAAUCACCGGUGCAGGGUCAGCCAUUCUGUUUGAACCUCCAUUGAUCGCUCUACAGGCGUCGGUGGCCCAGGAAGACACCGCAAGUGGCACAGCCAUGCUGGGUUUUAUCCGCACCAUGGCAAUGUCAAUGUCUGUUGUUGUGGGCGGCGUUAUCUUCCAAAAUAGCAUGAAAACGAAGCAAGCCGUGUUACGGCAAGCAGGCCUAAUGGAGCAGCAGGUCGAUGAGCUAACGGGGGCUUCAGCUGCCGCUAGCACUGAGCUUAUCAAGAGUAUAACAAAUCCGGACACGGUCAGAGUCGUUGCUAGCGUGUUCUCGACCAGUUUACGAAAUAUCUGGAUUAUGUACACCUGUGUUGCUGGUUUAUCUAUCGUCGCAAGUCUCUUCAUCAUUAAGCAGCGCCUGAGCGAAGAUCACACUGAGACAAGGACUGGCCUCAAGGAAGAAUAA